AUGUUAUGUAAUCAAGAAAUUGUUGCUUACGUAAUGAGAGUGCGAUGCCUUCCAGCUGCUUCUAGAGGAAAUUUGAAAAAUAUUUCGGACCGUGAUGCCCUUAGUAAGCCUCUAACCCUAACUUUCCCAGUGCUUCCCAUGAGAAGGUCCGAACUCGAGAAUUCAACCGUGAAAAAACAAAAGGUGAUGUCGGAAAAUAACAAGGAACUAUUUUCAACGGUGGGUGCCGCUGCCCAGGAGAUUGACGAUGAACCAACACAGCAGAGCCAGGGCCAGAAUGAAGGGCUUCAUCAGACUGGAGCAGCCGAUGCUGAGGGCCACCCAGUCCAGGAAAUAGAGUCUUUGUGUAUGAACUGUCACAAAAACGGAACUACCCGUUUGCUCCUGACCUCCAUUCCGUUCUUCAAGGAGAUUGUGCUGAUGUCUUUUGAGUGCCCCCACUGUGGCUUGAAAAACUCGGAAAUCCAGCCAGCCUCAGAGAUCCAAGAGAAGGGUUCCAGAUACGUGUUGAAGAUUGAGGGCAAAUCUGAUCUCAAUAGACAGGUAGUCAAGUCCGAAUCUUGUGUUUGUAAGUUUGUGGAGCUGGAUCUGGAGAUCCCCGCAAUGAGAGGUCAGCUUACUACCGUCGAGGGUUUGCUGAGUGAGAUGAUUGAUGAUCUUAGUGGUGACCAGGAAGAGAGACGCACCAAGCAGCCAGAGAUAUAUGAGAAGAUUGCUCAGUUUAUUGCCAAGGUGCGUGCUGUCAUUGACUGUGAUGCUGGUUCGCUUCCACAGACGCUUUUGCUGGAUGAUCCAGCUGGUAACUCUUGGAUCCAGUUCGUUCCUGGAGAACCUCAACAUAAGUGGUCUCAUGUGGAAUAUUCCAGAACUCCAGACCAGAAUGUUUCUCUCGGUCUCGUUUCAGCAGACGAAGUUGCACAGCACAGAUUGCAAGAGGCGCAAGAUGCGCAAGAGGAGCAGCGCAAGGACAGAAACCCAACCUCGACUGGGUUCAUCUCUGACGAGACCGAAAUCGAGAACUUUGCCAAUGAAGUCCAGACAUUUAGUGCCACUUGUCCUUCGUGUUAUGCUCCCUGUGAGACUCAUAUGAAGGUGGUGAACAUUCCUCAUUUCAAGGAUGUGAUUUUGAUGAGCACUGUUUGUGAUAGAUGUGGAUACAAGUCUAACGAGGUGAAGACUGGAGGGGAGAUUCCACCUCAUGGUCGUCGUAUCACUCUCAAAAUUGACGAUCCAGAUGAUCUUACAAGGGAUAUUUUGAAAUCUGAAACUUGUGGUUUGGUCAUUCCGGAGCUCCACCUUGAUUUGACGCCUGGUACCUUGGGAGGUCGUUUCACCACUUUGGAGGGUCUUUUGACCCAGGUCAACGAAGAGCUCUACGGCCGGGUUUUCUCGCAAACCUCAGAUUCCAUGGAUGAGCAAACCAAAUCAAGAUGGGAAUUAUUCUUUCAGAGAAUGAAAGAUGCCAUUGACGGAAAGAUCAAAUUCACCGUUGUGAUGGAGGACCCAUUGGCCGCCUCGUAUAUUCAAAACGUUUAUGCUCCUGACGAUGAUCCAAACAUGACCAUUGAGGAGUUUGAGAGAUCUCACCAACAGAACGAAGACCUUGGCUUGUUGGACAUGAAGACUGACUAG